ACAUGUGCAACAGUGAGAUAAACACACUGCUAUAAAUGCAGCACAACUGACCAUAUUGUGUCCAGACAGGUAAACACUGUGGCAAGCAUGAUGAUCUUAUUGUUAGCUCUUCUGGGUGUUGCAGUGGCAGCACCGCUGGAUGAUAAGAUAGUUGGUGGUUAUGAGUGUUCGGCUCACUCUCAGCCCUGGCAGGCCACUUUGAAUAUUGGAUAUCAUUUCUGUGGUGGUUCCCUCAUCAAUAACCAGUGGGUCAUCUCUGCUGCUCACUGCUGGAUUGAUCCCUAUGCCCAGAUAGUUAUCCUGGGUGAGCACCACAUCUGGAAGUAUGAAGGCACAGAGCAGUACAUGGCUGUGGAUGCCAUCUAUUGGCACCAGAGCUAUGACUAUCAGACACUGGACUAUGACAUCAUGCUGUUGAAAUUAGCCCACCCUGUAACGGUAAAUGAGUUUGUGAAGCCUGUUGCUCUGCCCACGUCAUGCCCUACUCCAGGGGAGAUGUGUACGGUAUCUGGUUGGGGCAACAUCUACGCAGACUCAGUAUUCAACCCAUUCAACCUCCAGUGUGUAGAGGUUCCCAUUCUCUCUGAAGAAGCCUGUAAGAACUUGUAUCCAGGAAAGAUCACAAACAACAUGGUGUGUGCUGGCUAUCUGGAGGGAGGCAAAGAUUCCUGUCAGGGUGACUCUGGAGGUCCUCUGGUGUGUAAUCGUGUGCUGCAGGGUAUUGUAUCCUGGGGUUAUGGCUGUGCUCAACCAAAUUAUCCUGGUGUUUACACUAAAGUGUGUGCUCUGAUGCCAUGGAUCAAUGACAUACUUAACAACUAUUAGUCCUCCAGACAGCCACACCAGACGCAAAACUCCUGUACUAGACAAAUAGUAGAAAACUGAAUAAGAACAAAUAAAAAUGCAUAUAGAA